AUGAACAUGAACUUGCCAGACGCCUUUGUCAUAUUGCACUGCCAUUUCGUCCUUCCCCUGGCUGUCCUGCUUCCGGCCGCGAUAUACUGCUUGAGACGGACCCGGAAAAGGGCCAUUCUCGCGUCGGCCAUCAACACGCAACCUGUCCGUUCCGAGGAUGCGAAGAGGUUCGGGCCGGGCACCCGCCGCGGCAAACCGACACAAUGGUACCGCGACAUGUUCUUUCGGCUGCAGCAUCUCGAGGACCACCCGGACAUUCUCGAAGCAGCGCGAGACGAGCUCCUGGCCAUGUUUUCCCAGGGACUAUCCGCGGCCCUGAAAACGCCACACGACGGCAUCCUCGGCAUCGACCGGUACGAUGCCGGGCGCAUCUGGAGCUUCCUCGAGGACGUACGCAUCGACAUCCUGGCGCAAUGGGCCGGCUACCUGGAGCGACGGAGGCAGGGACACGGCCCCGAGCUGUUUGGAAGCGUCGAGGCCGCCAGAGCAUGGCUCGUCCAGCACGCGCCCGUCAAGUUUGUCGACGGCGCCUGGCUCGGCCACAUACACAAGAUCACGACCCCCUUUGCCCUCCGCGGCGUCACAAAGGAUGCCUGGCAGGUUCUGUCAGAGGAGCUCGGCGACGGCGACCUGUCCAAGCACCACGUGCACCUCUACCGCAAACUCCUCGAGGACGUCGGCCGCCCGCUCCCGGAGGGCCACAGCGCCGACUUUAUCAACCUCGCCGAAUGGGACGGAAUGGAAAACCACGGGGCGUGGGAGGCGGCCGUGGCCCAGCUCCUCAUAUCGCUGUUCCCCAAGGAGUUUCUGCCCGAGAUUCUCGGCUACAACAUGCACUUUGAGAUGGUCACGGUGAACACGAUGCAGGCGGCUCACGAGCUCAAGGGCCUGGGCAUCGACCCGUACUACUUUCUCAUCCACAUUGCCAUAGACAAUGCCGACUCGGGACACACGGCCAUGGCCACGCACGCCGCCACGCGGUACGUGGACAUGGUGCUCGCUACCGAGGGCCAGGCGGCCGCCGAGCAGGCAUGGAGGCGCGUCCAGAUAGGAUACAUUUUGUCUCAGACACAAGGAAGCCAUCCCUGCGGGGGCCAGCAAGGCCGUGCCGCCUCGGCGAAGCCCUCAGUGCCGAGGGUCCUGCCCGACGCCGCCGCCCUGAGCACGCGGGUGAUGGAAAUCUUCAGGGCAAAGGCCUUGGUGUCGCAGCAAUUUCACUGCCAAAGCAAGGUUCGCAUCGGGACUCGCAGCCUAUCCGAGUGGCUGGACCCAGACGAGUGGAAGCCGGCCAGUCGCCAUCAGCACCGCCAACGCGAACUCCUGGAUGCCCUCGGCCGAGCCAGGCCGUGGGUGGUUGCCGGGGCAAGCAGCAAAAGCCUCCUCGUGCGGGAGCUGUCGUGGGGAGGGCGCAUGUUUGGCGCCUUUACCAACAACGAGGUGGCGACGCUCUGCUCGUGGAUCGACGCCCUGGGGCCCGACGAGAAGGCGUCGCCGUCGCCGUCGCUGUAUUGGAGCUUCUCUCAACGACGGCCAGUCGCCUCGCCGGACGCCGUGGGGGAGCUCCGAGACCCCGCUUGUCAUCAUCCCGUCAUGUUACCGUCUUCCACACGCGGCGACGCGGCCAGCACCGCCAACGCAGCGUCUCGGGACCCUGCUGCCCUUGGCGCCGAGCCGUGGAAAACGCAGGAGCCCUUGAAGCCGCCGUCGAAGGAUCGGCUGCCAGACACGGUCGCCCUCUGGUUCGCGCACAUUGGCCUGUUGGAAAACACCAUCAACGUGCCCUCGCGGACGGCGUGCCCGCUCCACGCCAGCAUCCUGCGUCUCCUCCGGGCCCAGGCUGGCUUCGAGAGGGAAACCGACAUUGUGGCGGGCAUGGACGAACUGAAGCGGCACACGCGCACCAGCCUGGUUGACGUCGGCCUGGAACUGAUCAGUCACAUGGACCGGUGCGCCCAUGCCGAACCUGCGUCUCUCCAAGACGUCCUCCGCCUAGCCGCCAGCCAGGGCCAGGGUGAGGCGAGCGCCAGAUUGGCGAGCGACAUGCUGAGAUGCAGCGUCCGGCCCAUUGAGAACCUAGGCCUCUUGUUGGGCCUGGCCCUGGCCUUUGUCAAGUUCAAGAGCGCCGUCGGGAGGACCCCUGGGCUGCUGGGCCCCGAGACCCGUCUCGCGUUGGACGCCAUCUUGGCCAGGGAGAAGAUGAGUCUGGAGGUGUGUGCCGAGGAGCUACGGGCCACGGACGGCGCACAGUACCGAAACUUGGAGAGGGGAUUUCGGCUCGGCAUGGGUGCCAUACAAGAAUGUGUCUAUCUAAACGAGGAGACGACGACGAGUUCGUCCAAGGGAAGUGUCGUCACGGCUGAUGGACCAUGA